CAAACCACCAACGCCAAGAAAAUUGCUCGGCCGGCGCCCCUCUAAUUUCUUACAGUUUUGGUGUAAUUUUUAGUUUUGAGGAUUACUGCUACUAUUGGAAACAAAUGGAGAGUUUAUUCGAGUAUACCAAAAAGUUCAGUUAAGCUCGUUUCAUAGUCGGUGGUUUUCUUUUUCUGAUUCUAGAGUUAAAAUUAUGGCCAAAAGAAAGAGCAGGAGCGAAACAAAGCAACGACAAGGUUCACGCAAUUUGGAGGGUAUUGAUAGCAAUGCAAUGAUUUUGCCGGCAAAUAAAUGUAACUUGAAGCACAUGAAUGAGGAGUUUGAAAAGGUUAAAGCAAAAGAAAAUUCAAACCUCAGCAAAGCUCAGAAAAGAAAGUUAAAGAAGCUGGAGGAGGAGAAGGAGAAAGCGUACAUGUCUUUGAAAACCAUGGAAAACUUAGAGAAAUACAAGAUCUCAACAGGCUUAUAUAAUCUUUUGGAGGCUUCCAAAGAUAUGGGUAAGGUUCAAACUAGGCUUGAAAAGAAAAGGAAUGCUGUGCAAUUUUCCAAGGCAGGUUUAGAAGAUCUGCAAAACGACCAAGGUUGCAAGAGAAGGCGUGAAGGUGGUGCUUCUUGUGAAGCUGAACCUGUGUUGGACAAACCCCAUCUUGGGCAGCCUAUCAAAGCAUAUGACUUUGGGCAACCAUUAAUGGUUAACAAAGAUGUGUUGGAUGAUGCCUCUGUUUCUAUAGGUUCUUCUCAGGAGCCUUCAAAUGGUGGAUCUGUUGCUGCUCUAUCCUGUGAAGAAGUUUCAAACAAUGACAGCAGGACAAGUAUGCUCCAAGACAUUAGAAAUUGUGCACCAACGUUAUCUAUUCAUGAUGGUGGAAGGAGUUCUAAGCCAAUGACUGGGGGUUUGACGCUCGGACAGGUUACAUCAGAUGAGAGCCUAAAUGUAAACAUCGGCAGGACUAGCAAUCUUCCUGCUUCUUUGGAGAGACCUCCUAUAGCUCCAACUGUGGUGCAUGUAUCGAGACCAAAUGAGGUUGAAAACAAAAGGAAAGAUCUUCCAAUAGUUAUGAUGGAGCAGGAGAUAAUGGAAGCUGUAAAUUACAACCCAACAGUUAUUAUAUGUGGAGAGACAGGGUGUGGCAAGACCACACAAGUUCCUCAGUUCCUUUAUGAAGCUGGUUUUGGUUCUAACCAAUGUAGCAAUCGAUGUGGUAUUAUUGGUGUGACUCAACCACGUCGUGUUGCUGUCCUUGCCACUGCAAAGCGAGUGGCAUUUGAACUCGGUCUUCAUCUAGGCAAAGAGGUUGGUUUUCAAGUUAGGCAUGACAAGAAAAUUGGUGACAAUUGCUCCAUCAAGUUUAUGACCGACGGAAUAUUACUACGGGAACUUAAGUAUGAUGUUUUAUUAAGGAAAUACUCUGUCAUAAUUCUGGAUGAAGCUCACGAGAGGAGCUUGAAUACAGACAUACUUAUUGGAAUGCUUUCUCGUAUAAUUCAACCUCGCCAGGCUCUAUAUGAGAAGCAGCAACAGUUGUUGCUUUCAGGACAAUAUUUAGACCCUAAAGAUAAGAUUUUUCCCCUAAAACUUAUUCUGAUGAGUGCUACCAUGCGAGUGGAAGACUUCAUUUGCGGAGGAAGGUUAUUUCGUGAUCCUCCUGUUAUAGAAAUUCCUAACAGACAGUAUCCAGUGACUAUACAUUUCUCAAAGAGAACAGAAAUUGUUGAUUAUAUAGGCCAAGCCUACAAAAAAGUUAUGUCAAUUCACAAGAGGCUGCCACAAGGUGGCAUACUUGUAUUUGUCACGGGUCAAAGGGAGGUAGAAUAUUUAUGUUGUAAGUUACGUAAAGCUUCGAAGGAGCUGAUAGCAAAUACUUCUAAAGGGAAUAUUGGUGAUGAGGUCACUGCUGUCUCUGAAACAAACACUUUGGAAAGCAUUAAUAUGAAGGAGAUCAAUGAAGCAUUUGAGAUUCAGGGAAACUCAACUGAGCAGCAGACUGACAGGUUUAGCUCUUAUGAUGAAGAUCAGUUUAGUUUGCAUGAAGAUGAGUCGGAUGCUUCUUAUGAUUCAGAAACUGAGAGCGAAACAGAAAUUCUUGGUGAGGAUGGAAAUUUACUGGUGCAGGAACCCCCAAAGGAUGAUGAUAAUAUUGUAGAUGUAUCAGGGAAGAACUGGAGUCUUGCUUCUCUUAAGGUGGCUUUUGAAGCUUUGGCUGACAAAAAUGCAUUAGACUCUAAUGCUGAAAGAAACCAGACCACUCCUACUACACCAGAACAAUGCUCUGAGCAAUUCAAUUCUGGUUUAGAGAAGAUGGAAGUUGAUAAAGGUUCCUAUGGUAUAUUGCGUGUUCUGCCUCUUUAUGCCAUGCUGCCUGCUGCAGCACAGCUUCGUGUAUUUGAAGAGAUUAAGGAAGGAGAGCGGCUUGUUGUUGUUGCCACCAAUGUGGCUGAAACAUCCUUAACCAUUCCAGGAAUAAAGUAUGUGGUUGAUACUGGAAGAGAGAAAGUGAAGAAAUUCAACUCAGCAAAUGGCAUGGAAUCAUAUGAGGUACAAUGGAUAAGUAAGGCAUCGGCUGCUCAACGUGCUGGACGAGCUGGAAGAACUGGGCCUGGCCACUGCUACCGCCUCUAUUCAUCUGCAGUUUUCAGUAACAUACUUCCUGACUUCUCCUGUGCUGAAAUAUCUAAAGUACCCGUUGACAGCAUGGUCCUUCUAAUGAAAUCCAUGAAUAUUGAUAAGGUUGCGAAUUUCCCGUUUCCAACUCCUCCUGAGGCUAGUGCUUUGGUUGAAGCAGAACGUUGUUUGAAGGCUCUUGAAGCUCUUGAUAGCAAUGGAAGACUGACAACUUUGGGGAAGGCCAUGGCUCACUACCCGAUGAGUCCCCGCCACUCCCGCAUGCUCCUUACACUUAUCCAAAUUAUGAAAGCAAAAGGUUGUGCUCGAGCAAAUCUAGUUCUGGGAUACGCAGCAGCGGCAGCAGCAGCUUUGAGCUUGUCAAAUCCUUUUGUCAUGCAGUUGGAAGGAAGUCAGAAUAAUAGAGAUGACUUGAACCUCAAUGAGGGCUCCAAUAUUCUGGAGAGUGAAAAUAUUAUUCACAAGCGAGAAAAAAUGAGGAAAAAGAAACUAAAAGAAGUGGCUAAAGUGUCCCGAGAAAAAUUCUCCAAUCCUACCAGUGAUGCUUUGACUGUAUCUUAUGCCUUACAGUGUUUUGAACUUUCUAAAAGCCCAGUGGAAUUCUGCAAUGAAAAUGCCUUGCACCUGAAAACCAUGGAGGAAAUGUCCAAGUUGAGAAAGCAACUUCUUCAUUUGGUCUUUAAUCAAAGUGGUAAUUGUGGUCAGGAUUUCUCAUGGACUUAUGGGACUCUGGAGGAUGUAGAACACUCUUGGAGGAUUUCCUCCAGUAAGAACAUCCUUUUACAAAAUGAGGAAGAACUCUUAUGCCGAGCUAUUUGUGCUGGCUGGGCUGACAGAGUUGCCAAACGUAUUAGACCAAAAGCAAGAUCAUUGAAAGAAGAUGGAAAAGUUAAUGCAGUUCGGUAUCAAGCCUGUAUGGUUAAAGAAGAUGUGUUUCUCCAUCGUCGGUCAUCUGUUGCUAGUUCAGCUCCUGAGUUCUUGGUGUACAGUGAAUUGUUACAAACAAAACGACCGUACCUUCAUGGAGCUACAUGUGUGAAAUCAGAUUGGCUUGUUGAGCACGCUCGAGCAUUGUGCAGUUUUUCAAGAUCUCUCAGAACCUCCAAAUCUUAUUAUGAUUGUCAAACAGACCAAGUGUUUUAUUGGGUCAUUCCAAUCUUUGGGCCUCAUAAUUGGGAGCUCCCAUUGCAUAGUUUACCAUUUAGUAGUGAUGACGGGCAUCGUGUGGCAGUAUUUGCUUGUGCUUUGCUUGAAGGCCGGGUCUUGCCAUGCUUAAGAUAUGUCCAGGAAUUCAUGGCUGCCUCACCUAGUACAAUUUUAAAGCCUGAGGAAUCUGGUCAAAGAAGGGUUGGAAAACUUUUAAGUAAACUAAAAACCCGGUCAAUUGACAGCUGUGCAAUGUUAAAGAAGGCAUGGGAUGAUGAUUCUAGGGCUCUGCAUUCAGAAAUUCUGAACUGGUUUCAGAAGGGUUUCCACAAUAAAUUUGAAGAGCUUUGGUUAAAAAUGCUUGCUGAAGUACAUUUAGAGCCUCAAGAACGCUUUCCUAAAAAGGUGAAGGAAAAAAGGAAGAAGUAAAGUGUACCCAUACUGGUAUUAAUCAACUGUUGGUGCAGUUUAAAGAACUUACUUACCGAGGAAAAAUGUAGGAUCCAUCAUUUAAAGUUACUAGUUGACUGGAGUACGUUCUUAAAGUAAGAUGUUUGUGCGUUGAGGUAAACGCAUGUGUAUCUAUGUUGUGCUUAGAAUUCUGCGUUUUAAUAGUAGUUGGCACUUGUUGAGGCAGAAUCUUAUUACGGUAUAAAUAGGGAUUUUGUAUAAUUUAAUUGUUUCUUGACUGGAUCUUGUCAAAGUUGUUAUAAGAAAAGUACUGGUGUUAGGUUUAA